CCGAUACCAACUGCUGAUGUAGACAAUUCGAUGGACUUCUUUGGCCACUUACAACGUAAGCAGACCUCUAGUUCUAAGCUCAGUGCCAAUUCGCGUUCAAAGAUGGUCAUACAAUAUAUCCUCAGCUCGGGAUUUUUGUUAGUUACUUUAGCUUUGGCCACAGAAGCCUGGCUGUUGUCCCAAUCAGGCUUGAACGAAUCCAGUUACCUAGUCCGUCAUCUGUCAAUGCAUUUUCCGCGAGUGUUUCUUAGCGUAAAUGUGGAAAAUAAUGAAUCGCCCACUCUGAUCGAAGCUCAAUGGCCGGUUACAUAUUUUCCCAUGCCCACUGUGGUCUUUCCGCACGUUGAUGUUCAUGCCAAUGGCGACCAUGACGAUUGCUCGUUGGUGCAGCAGGCCCACUGGUCCCAGGUGGAUGCACUGAGUCGUCUGUGGGUCAUGGACAUCGGAUUUCCAGGCAGCAGGUGCUCGCCCAGGUUAUUCGUAUUCGAUCUGAUGCGUAACAAUGCAGAGUUACUGAGAAUCGAUUGUGGCCAAUAUAUAGGAGCUAAUGACACUCAAUCUCUGGUUGUCCAAAUGGGGCCUAAGGGUCCAGGCUGUCAGCAUGAGCGGCACAUUUACUUCAUCCUGGGGCAGGAAGCUGAAAUUCUUGCCUACGACAUCCUGGAACAGACCUGGCUUAUUCGAUCAUUGGAGAGUUAUAAGUACGAGAACAUGAAUCAAUCCUUUCCCAUUAAGCCUGUGGAUUUUACUUUUGGCAUACAAGGAGAACUCAUUCUCUCCGACCAGGAUGGUGAGCUAUACAGCACAGUGAAUAGGCUGGAAGUUGAAGGGAAGAAUGCAUUAGAAAGCAAUUCAAUUACGGAUUACAUCAAACUCACCCAUUUGGGUAGUCUUCUGGGCAGUAGUCGCAGCAUGAUCAUCGAUAAUUUUGGAACUUUGUACUAUGUAAUUCCCAAAUUUGGAGCUGUUGUACGAUGUGCCAAACUAGCCCGCAACAUUACAGCCGAGGGCAAUGAAAUCAUCUAUAUCACAUCGAAAAACAUUCAGCAGAUAUUUUUCAGCUCCAACGAUGCUCUAUGGGUGCUAAGUGAUCGGGUCCUAAAUACAAAGGACAUGUGCUUUCCUAGCUUAUAGUAAAUAAAUACAAACGUAAAUAAUUAAAUUAACUUAAAUAUAAAUCCAAAAUGCACAACUCGGUGUAUAUGUUUUGU